ACACACACCCGGGACAGCUUCCGUCGUCGUCGAUCUCGUGCCAGCCGCAGUCAACAGUCCGAUCGCGACGAUCCGGUUCGCGGUCCGCUGAUCAUCGACAUCAGCACCACUUACUGGAUUUUUAUCGAUAAUUAUAAUUUCACACAGCACCGUACCGCAGCGGCCGCUCAUUGCCGUCACGCGCACAGACAUUGCACGGCCAUCGUCUCCCAGUGCAAAUCGUUUUAAUUUUCGUCGCCGUGAUUCUCAAUCUGUUUUCGUACUUUCCACGCGACUAUCUGUUCUGCGGACCCUUCGCCACAACAUAACAGCCAUUCAUUAGCCCGGCGCCAAUACCUAAUUGCUCGCGUGCGCUUGUGCUCCGGAGUGUAUGCCCAACCGUCCGGAACAUGAGUCGAGGCAGCAGCAGUGACGAUGGUGGCGGCGAUACGGACGCGGGCAGGAGCGACGACGAACGGUCCUUGUCCGACAGUUCAUCAGUGGCAGACAGUAGCAGUGGCGGAAACAAUAACAACAAUAAAAAAGAAUUGUCGGACGACAUCAAAAUGGUGGUUAGUGCCGGCCACAACAGUUUUAGUUUUUUUCACGAUAUGCCUCCAAAUUCGACCGCCUUGCCGUACAACUUGGAAGUGCGAGACACCGGGUCCGGAGGAGUUUGGACCAAGACGCAGUUGCCCAAAGGCGUCAAGUAUGGACCGUUCCUGGGGAAAUGGGCGCCAAAACCUAUAGACUCUCGAUACGCUUGGGAGGUUCGAGUUGCCGGUUACUCUGGAUUUUUGGAUGGAACUAUUGAGGCUUGCAAUUGGUUGAAAUUUAUUCGGUCUACUAAUGACAACAGGCAAAACGUCAGAGCUUUCUUAUUAGCCGGCCAGAUUUUCUACGAGCUUACUCAAACUGUAAGAGCUUCGGAUGAAUUGCUGUUAGGCAAGAAAGAACCUUUAAACUUAGAUGCAGCUUUCGGUGACAUAUUGACCACGUCAGAAGAUCGAAGCGAAAGGGGCUCAGUGGUCGCAUCGCAAAAUUCUUUGGGUUCUAUUGAUGGCGAUGGGGAUGUAGAUGGUGAUACCGAAGAACCCGACGAAGACGAUCAAAACCGAUGCAUCUUAUGUGAAAAGUGUUUUCCGGACAUUGAACAACUGGAUGAUCAUUUAGUGUCCGGGCAUCAUUACAAAGCCAAUCAAUACGGUUGUGAACUGUGUCCGCAGUCAUACAGUUGGAGACCUUGUUUGAUCAGACACUUGGCCCUCGCUCAUAGUAGAAAAUUUACAUGUGAAACUUGUUCAAAAGUUUUCAGCGACCCGAGUAAUUUGCAAAGACACAUUAGAACAAAUCACGCGGGUGCUCGAUCACAUGCAUGCUCGGAAUGCGGCAAAACGUUCGCCACGUCAAGCGGACUUAAGCAACACACACACAUUCAUUCCAGUGUGAAACCAUUCCAAUGCGAAGUAUGCUUCAAGGCUUAUACUCAGUUUUCAAAUCUUUGUCGUCACAAGAGGAUGCACGCUGAUUGUCGUAUGCAAGUAAAGUGUGAUCGAUGUGAUCAGUCUUUUAGUACAGGCACGUCUUUGUCUAAACAUAAGAGAUUUUGCGAAUCGAAUUCAUUGCCGACGUCGAGCAGUACUCCUACGUCGAAUAUGUCACAACAAGGAACCACACCUUUCUCAGUUUAUCCAAGAUUUCCGUUAUAUCCACCUCACCCUCUUGUUCAUCCGUUUUAUUUUCCCUCAGCAAAUGGAUCACUCCCCCCGCCACUAUUUCCAACUCCGUUUGGACCGUUUGGCCAAUUCGCUCCAAAAUUAAAUAUGGACUUGCUAUCUUUACCUGGGUUAGAUAUAAAUCGUUUUAAACGGUCCGGUGACUCCAGUGAAAGUAAUGAAACGCCCAUUAAAAAGUCGUUAAAUACAAGUCAAAAAACUCCUCCAUCAAAUAGUAUUUUAUUGGGCUCGAGUAAAACAUCACCCUUGGUGGGAGAAGAAGCGUCAUCUAAUCAAAGGCCCUCUCCAGCUAGACCUAACAUAACGUAUACGGAUCCAAAAGUAAUUAAACGAGAAAUACCAGGUAACGAUGACAGACCGUGCGACUUAACUAUGAAUACAGAUAUAACUAUUGAAGAAAACAGACGUUCGGAAUCUCCCAAAGACAAGUCCGAUCAACCGUUAGACCUGUCAGUAACCAAAGAAGACAAAUCUCCAAAAAAUGUUGAGAUACGAUUAACGAUUCCCAAAGAAGAGGAAACUGAACGCAAAUGGACUCCACCUACUCCCCCGUCUUCAUACUCUGUCACAAACUUAAUGGCCCACCCUAAACCGUUAUAUUUAGAUUCUUUAUAUCCAACGUCUUUGGCAAAUUUUACACCGGAAAGUCAAAUUAUGCAGACUCCGCCGUCUUUCGGCCAAGCUAGACCGUUUCCAUUUAUGAUGACUAGCCCAUCACCUGCCAUUGAACAUUUUCUACGGCAACCUAUACCCAACUACCCGAAAACAUACCAAGAUAUCAUUCAACAUAGUCAACAGAACGCUGUCAAAUCAAAGGACCGAUAUGCUUGUAAAUAUUGCGGCAAAGUUUUCCCGAGAUCAGCCAACUUGACGAGACACGUUCGAACACAUACUGGUGAACAACCUUAUCGCUGCGCUCAUUGCGAACGUUCCUUUAGCAUUUCAUCGAAUUUGCAGCGUCACGUUCGUAAUAUACAUAGACAAGAACGAAAUUUUAAAUGUAAUUUGUGUAAUCGACGGUUUUCACAACAAACCAAUUUGGACAGGCACAUAAAAAAACACGAGGCGGACGAUGGCACUGUAAUAGGUACAGUGACGAGUAGUUCGGCGAGUAGCGUGGAUGAAAAAGAAGACCCGCGGUUGUUCGAAAUCAGAAGCUUUAUGAAAAAGGUCACCGAUAGCUCAUCUGAGCUACAGAACAAUAAUAUUGACCCUUGUUUGCCGGAUGAGGGUGUAAUGUAUGCGUCUGCUUUAUGACCCGUGGCCCCUCCCCUUUAUUUGAAUUGGGCUCAUUAAUUAAAGAAAUGAGGUAUUUAAGAAUAAUUUAUUUACAACAUUUUCAAUGACGCCUGUUCUAAUACGGUUUCUUCUUUAUGUAGCUUUAAUGUUUAAAAUCAACUUGAGUUUUUAAUCAUAGUAAUAUUUCAACCUAAUAUCGCUAUAAAUCACCAUGAGCUAUUAAAAUUUAAAAAAUACGCUCGCACCAUAAUAGAUAAUAUGAAAGUUUAAAGGUUUAAAUAAAAUUUAUUUAAAUAUUAUGAUCUUAUAUAUAUUAAUAUAAUAUAAUUAUGUUGUAUUUUAGUCUGUAACUUUACUAUUUAACUCAAUUAUAAUGUUGUGAUAAAAUUUCCUAGUUUUUUUUAUUAGGUAACUAAUACCGAUGUACAUUUGUUUUGUUAUCAUUAUUAUUAUUUAUUAUUAAUAAAUUUAAGACCAAAUAUCACGUUAACUAUUAGUCAUCACAAUGAUUUUGUAAAGUUUUUAUUAUUAUCAAACAAUUUUUCAAUGCAAAGUUUAGAAUUGUAACUAUGUAUUUAAUCAUAUCAUAUAAGUAUUAUGUAUAAAAUUUUAUUAAAAUUACCAAAAUUAUCUUGAAAUUUAAGUUAAACGAACCCAAAUAAAGAAAGAAACAAUGUCAAAGUACUAUGAGUCUAUUGUAAUGUAAAAUUUUAAUUUGUCUUGAUUUUGUCAAUGUCAAUUUUGUUAUUAUUAAAAUGUAAAAUUGAAUUAAAUUACAUGUAAAG